GUCUGAUGAAUCAAUACGGUUUAAGGUACAUAUGGGGGCACCAAGAGGUGAAACUCUAGGUUCCGGCCUUGGUCACCGGAAAACUUUCUAGUUGGCCACUAAUUUUUGCCUCUUCUUCCUCACUGCAUGCAUUGGCAGCAGCACUGCGGGCAGAGGGCCCAAGGCACUCCAAAUCUUCUAUCCCAAGCAAUUUGCCGAUCCUUGGAGCACUUUUACAAUGCAUUAGAUCCUUGGAAACUGCUGCUUGGCAAAUGGCAAUGGACAAACUUUGAGUAGUUCCAAGCUCAUGAAUAUACUCAAGCCAAUAAGAAAAUGCUGAGGCCACAGAUUAUUGUAUGGAUGAAAAGUACAGGUGCAGCAUUCUAUGGACAGGAGAUAUUGCAACUCUACUUUGACCAAUGGAGGGCUCAUGUCUCUGCAACCCUAUAAAUCUAACCUUCCUUUUCUCCUUCCCUUUCUCUUAGUUACAAGACAGACAUACCUAAAAGCAGGGCUAGACAGUUAGUUAUGCAGCCGUUAAACUGUAUAAGCUUCUUGCUCGGGCUGGCCAUCCUCUCGGCCACCCUCGGCCCCUUCGUCACCAUUGCACAUAGAGAAUUGCUGAUGGUAACUAGCAGCAAGAGCGGAGCAGAAAUCAAGCUGGAACUUAGUGUCGACAAAACCAGCACACACGAGGAAGUUAGAAGCAAUGUAUUGACAGGACGAAAGCUGGCUUUUGGAGACACAGCCAUGAAGCAGAAGGAUGCACAGAAUUCUGGAAGCAAAACAAGCUCAGGAGAAAUUAAGAAUUACUCAACUAAUUCAAGUGCGCCUUCAAACCUUAAGGAUAGUAGUAGCUCCAGGAUUCAGGCAGGAUCAUCCACGAAAAGAGUAAAACUAGAAGGAAGCACAUCAGUGAUAGCACUCAACAUUCCAAAUACUCAACAUAUCAGAACAUUGCAUUCCAAGCAUUCUUCCAGGAACUCAAACGCAGGGUCCAAACAAGAGCUGAAGGAUUCCAUCGUUCGCAGCACAUUAUAUAGAAUUAAUGAGGAUUCAAAAGAGAAAAUGCUAGAGGCCAGUGAUGAAGUUCUGAAAUUUCUUAACAAGGAUUACCAUGCCUCUCCCCAUAAGAGGAGACCUGUUUAUAAUUAAGAAAGGGCAAGGCACUUAUGCCAAAUCCUAGUCUUUUAACCUAAGUUAUUAAUGCUCUGGUGGUGAUCCAGUAUGGUCUACUGCUGUUUCCCUUUCUAUUGUGUUGUAAGGAAUAAUAUGCCCCCAUUCAUGCUAAUCCACGGUGUGUCUUUUCACUUUUUUAUAUAAAAAAUCCAGUGUGCCCUCUUGAAAGACAACAUUCAGAGAUAAAAUGGCAUAGUCACGCCCACGAAGUAACCAUCUUAUGAAGAGAUCACACGUGACAUUUAUAGUAUAAGAAGUAACUAACUCAUGAUUUAGAGGACAGGCUAAAUAAAGAAGCAUGCAUGAAGAAAACAAUG